AUUCUCUCUGUGUAUAAAAAAUAACAAAAAUAUAAAAUAAAAUUGUACGCAAUUACCGUGUUUCUUUCAAGGUUUCUUCAAGAUAGUAAUUACAAAUGUAUCAAGACUAUAAUUGCCUAAUAGAGAUUGAGCAUCGCAUCCUACCAGAAUUCUCGUUUCUAGUAAUGUUAGUUAUAAUUAGAAGGAGAUCGAGAAAGUGUAGCUUCCAGUGGCUGCGAUGGAUAAUCUGCACAUUGCACCUAACGGUGUAUAUCUCAACAGAUCGCAGGAAUCCGUUGGAUUAGACUUUCACGGUGUUACAGUAAAAUCAUUCUGCCUUUGAUAAAUCGUUCAAGCGGAAAUUUAUAAAACGCUUUCAAGAUUGAACGAGAAGAAGAACGUCUCAUCGAAGACAUCGAACUUCCGAUUGAACCGCAAACUCAUUCAAGCGGACGAAAUCGCUGUUUUUCUAAAACGAUAGAAAAAGAAUCAAAUACUAGUUCGUGACUUCGUACAACGGAGAUAACCGCGAUUAAUGAGAUUCCGUUGCAGGUGGAGUAAGCCGGAAGAUGUGAGAGAAUGCAUCAGCGUACAUUUGGAUGUGAUUGCUAGCUGUGCUCGAUACAGUAUCAAUUGAAAUAAGUAAUAUAAUAUCUAGCAUCGUAUUUUAUUGAUUUGGUCUUGGAAAACGACGAUCGCAAAAAUUAUUAAAUUAAUAAUCAUACGUACCUAGAUUUGAAGAAAAACAAGCAUUAUUAACCACCGUCUCUCACUUAUGUAUCACUUAAACGUGAAGAAAUAAUGCAAAGGUAAAAGAGAAGUAUCUCUAUAAAUUUUUUAAAAGUGAAGGAAUUCGAUAAUCUAAUACGUCACUGGUUGUAAGUCGCGCGCGCGAUGAUUCAAUUAACAGUUCGAGCGUGAAGAUAUGUCGAUCAGGGGGUCAGAUCUGGUUUCUCUCUAUUUCGUGAUAUCGCCGCUUUUCUCUGUACUUUCACGCGAGCGUGUACCCGUAAAAAGACUUCGACCCGAAAAAGCGUGCUUUUGGCGCUUCCGUCGUAUGGGCCACGCGCGCCGUUUCGAAUCCUUUUAUUAAAGUGACUUUUUGGCCGUUAACGUGCCGGUAUACUUAAGAGAACGAGAGACAUAUAUUCGGCAGUCAGCGAGAGCGAGAGAGGCAAACGUGUUUGCGACUGAAAUGCAUUUGUGUUGGAGCAGCUGUUACUCUAUCGGGGCACGCGUCUCAACGGUCGUGGCAGCUGCCCAGAAAAUCGGCUAUGGUAUCCUCACUCUGAGUUCUUUCACGUCCUAUCUAUAAAUUGAAGCUAUUUUUAUUUUAUAUAUGUAAUUAUCUUAUUUGUAUAUAAUUACAAAAUAAGAAACUGUUUGUCCGCAUGAUAAACAAUAAAGUUUUAUAUAAAGUAAUUUAAUGUGUACAAACGAUAGAGAUUAAAUCCGUAAUAAACAUUAAUAAAUACAAUUAUAUAGUUUUUAACAACUCUUUAUAAAGUUCCUGAUUUUUAUAAAAAUUUAUUUAAAAAAAAUGUUUUUGUUAUUAUUAGUUUUAUAAACUUUUAUAUUCAUUUACUGGCAAGCGGACGAUCGUUUAACAUAACAUUAAAAAAUAUAUUUUAUGUCGUUACAAAUAAACGUUUAUAUUAAGUUGCGGAAACCUCGCAAUUCACUAUGAUGAUGUGCGCAUUCUUCGGCAGGCAUUUAAAGUUUAAAUUACUCCAGUCACGGAAAAGUUGCACGAACAACAGAAGCAACGGUCGAAACCCUGAGCGAAGUACAUUAUAGUUGAAGGGCCCCCCACUCUGCGAAGGGACAGCGGGCCCAUAUUACGUGAAAGUACGUGACAACCCCCCGAGCGGUCGCGCACACACGCGCAAAUACGGGGGAACGCAUGGAGAAACGCCCUUUGCGCAUCUGCUGUUAAGGGAACGCGCGAGACAGUUUAACGAAGGCAACGGUCGUGAACACAUCGCGUAGCAAAUGAAAGUGCGCAUCCUUAAUUCUUAAGACGUUCUUACGCCGAAAUAUUCUGCACUUGGAAAGAAUUUAAUUUUUAAUUUUAUAUUAAGAUUAAAUUCAAAAUUUGCUAUUGAUCCAAAAGUCACAAACGCAUUUUUGACGCUCGCAUAAAUAAGGUUACUGAAAGUGCAUUGUUAUAACACAAACUUUCGAUUAUUUAACGCCUCUGUUUUCCGAGAAAAGUCAAUUAAUCGAUUAAAAAUUGGUGGGAUAUGCCGUUUAAAAAAAUUUAGAUAAAAAAGAACGCACGUGAGGAAUAGCUCUAAUGUGUUGGAACGUUUUUUGAAAUUUGUGCCCAACGAUGUGUACAAAGAUUUGUAAAUUAAUACAUGAAAUUAAUUCGCCGCCAAUGCAGAUAGUGAGCUUCGCAUUGGAGACUUGGCGAUCUCCUAUUUAUGUCAGUAGUAUGCUAAUAAUACUCGUCAAUCGAUCUUAAAUAUUAUAAUUUUGGAUUUUUAUUUUAAUUUCUGCUUAAUGUAUAACAGUGUCCAGAAGAUUUGUCAAAUUGUGUGUCUGUGAACCUAAAAACAAUAUCAGUGAAAUUCUCAUCAGUGUAUAAACGUUGAAGGUCUUGAAGACAUUCCUGUGAUCACUUCCAAAUAUUUAGCGCAAAUUAUCAGAUCAUAAUUUUUAUCACUGAAACGCGCAAAAUAAAAAUUUUGUAUUUUAUAAUAUUUAAAUUUUAAAGAACAAUUUGUUUUAAAUUCGCAACAAUAGCUAAAAAUUCGUGAAGAAGUCCUUGAAAUCUUGUUAAGCGUUUUACUUAUUUAGCUAAUAACGUCUCACAAUCAGACUUGACCACUUGACUCUCAAUUUAUUUCUGCGAAUCAGAUUUAUUCGUUCAAACCCAAAUAUACUCCAACAGUUCAACCUAAUUCUAUUUCUUGAUCGUUCACAAAUUUUCUACAAGUUACUCAGCACCCGUCGCAAAGAUUGUAUCGCGAACCAUUUCCCGUCUAUCGCUCUGCUUCAUCGGAAGAGGUGAAAAGAUUACACGUCGUUCAAUGAGAUAGCUACAAACAGCAAUAAGCAUGGCUCAGCCACCUGAAUCGAUACCAGUGCAUUGCUACACGAAUCCGUCGUUCUGCCGUCAAUCGGAGUACAUCCCGGACGAUCAUGUUAACGACUUGCCGCCGCCGCCGCCGCAGCAAUUUCAAGGAAGCGACGAGUUACCGCCGCCUCCGCCGCCGUUGCAAUUGCAGUGUCACGCCGCGGGUCAGAGCAAUCCCGCCUUCCAAGCCCCGCCAGAGACGACGUUGGACGUCUGCGAGUCGCGGGACCGGUAUUGUUAUCUGGAAAGUAACAGGGCCCCCACGCACAGGAGAUACGCCAGUCUUCCGGUGGAGGAGGCUCGCGUGACUUACGGCCAGUCCUCGCGGUACGAAUACAUAGAGCAGGACGAGGCGGAGACCAAGCAGUUGACGCGCAGGAACUCGUCGAGGUACGAGUUCAUUCCACACCAGCAGGUGCAACAGCGUUCCGCGCCGGCGGCCAACCAAAACGAUCGAGGAGGGCCGCAGACGCGGACGUGUCGCGGCAAUGCCGGUAGAUAUGCUUUUAUACCGGGUGAUCAAGAUUACCAGGAAGACAGCCCGCAGUGGAGCAAUGCAAAAUCGACGCCCCGACAUAUCAACACUCCGCAAGGUCGUUAUAUCAGAGUGCCUCUGCAAGAAGAAAUUCCGCCGGCACUACCCGAGAGAAACAUACAAGAACUCUCUGUAUCGCCAAAGAAUAACUUAGCUACCCAGAAACUGCACGAAAUAUUGUCUACACCUAGGAAACCGAGAUCCAGAUCCGAAGAGAGAACACUAUCGCCGAAGAGACAACAAUCAUUCAAUCAAACCAGCACACCGCAACGAAGGGCCCUUACUCCUGGCGGAUCACCAAACGGUCGCACUUUCAGUCCGACGCGCACAACUCCUCAAGGCACACCUCACCGAGCCUUCUCGCCCACAGGACCACAGACUUCGACACCUAACAAGGAAUCAUCAGCUCGCAGAUGUCUUCCCCUGUUGGAGAACUCGUCCCGGCAGCAAGACCUUUGUCCAGCCAGUAAUUGUGGCCGGCUUCGCUACGUUGGUACAGCCCCGGUCGAUUUAAUGAAUAUGAGUCAUGAACCGCCACCUCGUUACGCUUACACGGAAAGUGGUCUCGAGUCCAUGCCGAUGAUGUCUGGAUCGCCCAAAUAUCAAGUGGUGCCCGCUGAACAGAAGAACUAUCAAAGCGUAGAAAGCGCAUUUAUGGCUCGAACCGCCGUCGUACCACCAUUAUCUCCACCGAACAGCGACGCGAAUACGACUAUGGCAAGCGGCAUGGAAAAAAGUGACAGAAAAAGUGCACCUAUACUUCUGAUAUUAGUCGGCCUUCUCACUUGCGGCCUCGCCCUAUAUUUGUCCUGGUCCCAAGGAAGAAGAUACUACUUUGACAGUGCAGUCGGUUGCGGUGCCUGUUGCGCUCUUGCAGGUGCUUGCAGGAGUCUGCGAAGAACCUGGACGGGACUCGGUCUGGCUGGGCUAUCAGCAUUGAGUUGUGCUGGUCUUUUGCUGCUCGCAGCUAAAUCCCCUAGAGACGGCACACCUCUUCACGACAUCACAGCCGGCGCCCUGUGUGGAGUAUCUGUUUUAGGCGCUAGUUUGGCCUUAUUGGCUCUUUUGAAACCAAAAUGUAAUUUCGGACGUCAUAGACGAGUGCAUUCUUGGAUACCACGGUUCUCCCCUUAGAUUCUAAUGCCGUUCUAAUGAUUGUUAUGCAUAAUGAUAAUUACGUUUUGCUUUAAAAUUGUCCUUCCAAAAAUGUGUAAAAAUUCUAUAAGGCAUGAUGAAAUAUACAUAGAAUAAAAUAUAUAUUUUUGCCAUAUCUGUUAAAAAAAUAGUACUGUAUUUUAUAAAUAUCAAGGUAGAAUAAAUAAUACUAAAAGUAUUUACUUUAAGAAUAUAGUACUUUUCAGAAAAUUGUGCUGCAAAUCAAACAACACAAGACAUUUUUUCAAAAAAGGUUUAUUAAAGCUAAUUAAUUUUUUGCAAUCUUGAGCAAUUAAAUGUUUUUUAUUUAAUCGCAAAAACUCAGCAAAGAUUCAAAAUGUAUAAAAAAUAGAUUACUAUUGUUUAUAGAAGUAGUGUUAAACAAUAUUACUUAUAAGAUAAAUUGAUCAUUCUCUUGAACUAAGAUUUUAUUCUAUUGAAGUUUAUAAAUAUACUGCUUUAACAAAU